AUGGAUUCCCUUUCCAAAUUGGUACUCGCUGUAGUGAAUGAUGACAGUGACGGAGCCCAUGGCGAUGCCGAAGACGAGGGUGUUGACUACGGCGAAGAGGACGAGGUUGCUUCUGAGGUGGGGGGAGGGUGGAGAUGUUGGCAAGAGGAUUUUGAAUGGGGCAUGAGGUUGCCGAGUCGCAGGGUGCGGAUGGACAAACUUAGCCGCGAGUAUGGAAAUUAUUCUAGCAGCGAAAGAGCCAAAACUACUAUUACUAGACUCUUCUUUCGCAUUCUUAUCUGUGGUUUGAGUUUCGCUCUUCGAGCCUCUUGCAGUAGAUUGGGCAGACGACAGGGGUACCUUAUGAUAAAAGAUAAAGAGGGAAUGAGCUGGGGGGUGAGCUGGGGUGGGGUUCUUCAAGCGCCUAUCGCAGUUAUGCGAGACAUGGAAAUGGGCGAUGUGAAAGCGUUAACCUCAGAUGGGGCUGCGACGUCGACCGUUGCUAUCGCUUCUACCGCUUCGUCAGGCGGAGAGACGAUAGACACACCCGAGGGGUGCGCCUCGUUCUCCCAAAAAGAACCCGCUGUGAGCAUGAUCCCCAAAGACUCUACCUCAGCCGCGACAGAACGACCAACCAGCGGAACUAGCGAGCCGCAGUACCCCGAGGGCCUCAAACUCAUCACUAUUAUACUAGCGCUGUGUUUAGCUGUAUUUUUAGUAGCGCUAGAUCAGACGAUUAUUUCUACUGCUAUUCCGAAGAUUACGGAUCAUUUCCGGAGUACGGGGGACAUUGGUUGGUAUGGGUCGAGCUACUUACUUACGAAAGCUAUCAAAUAUACGUUCCUGGCUGCCAUUGCCAUCUUCGAGCUUGGCUCCCUAAUCUGCGCUACGGCAACCAGCAGCAAUACCCUGAUCGUUGGCCGAGCCAUCGCUGGAGCGGGCGUGGGAGGUCUGUUUACGGGUUCGAUUAUUAUUGUUGUGUAUAGUUUACCGCUGCGCAAGAGGCCGCUGGCCAUGGGUAUCAUCAGUAGCAUGUGGGGAAUAGCAUCAGUCGCCGGACCAUUACUCGGCGGCGUCUUUACCCUUCCCAUCGGAGCCUUCUGUAUCGCUGUAAUAUCUCUCAUCCUUCACAUCAACCGCCCCAGUAACCCCUCCUCCCUAACCCUCAAACAACGCAUCUUAAAACUCGACCUCCUCGGCACCUCCCUCCUCAUCCCUGCCAUAAUCUGCCUCCUCCUCCCUCUCCAAUGGGGCGGCUCCACUUACCCCUGGAACAGCGGCCACAUUAUUGGCCUCUUCGUCACCUCAGGGUGCCUCACCCUCCUAUUCAUCUACACCCAAAUCCGGCUCGGCGAGGCCGGGACACUCCCUCCGUUCCUUUUCCAAAACCGGAAUACCGUGUGCGCAUUUAUAUUCUCGGCGUUUUUUGGCACCGGAUUUUUUAGUUUAUCGUACUACCUCCCUGUGUAUUUUCAAAGUGUCAAAGGCUCCUCGGCCCUGCACGCAGGAAUCCAAAUGCUACCACUGCUAAUUGCAUGCACGAUAAGUUCCACCGGAACCGGAGCGCUAAUCUCAGCACUAGGAUACUACACGCCCAUCAUGAUCAUCUGCAUGAUGUUAUUUGCCAUUGGCUCCGGACUACUGACCACGCUCUCGCUCACAACCUCGUAUGCGCGUAACGCGGGGUUCCAAGUUCUUACCGGUCUGGGCGUGGGUGUAGGGUUCGAGAGCGGGAUUAUUGUAGCGCAGACGGUCAUGCCCAUUAAGCAGAUUCCGGUGGCGAUAUCGUGUGUUUCGUUGUUUAUGACGCUGGGCGGAGCGGUCUUUGUGCCGGUUUCGCAGACGCUGUUUCAGAAUAGGUUGGUAGGGGGAAUUGAGGAAAGGGCCCCGGGAUUGGAUGCGACGGCGUUUUUAGAUAGUGGGGUUACAGAGAUUAGGGUGUUGUUGAAACCAUGGGGGCAGGAGGGGCAACUGGAGAAGGUAUUGGAGGCGUACGUGGAGGGGUUGAGGGCGACAUUUUGGGUUUCAUCAGCUUGUGCUAUUGGAGGGUUUCUGGCGGUCUGUGGAUUGGAGUGGAGGAGUGUAAGGAAGGAAAAGAAGGAAGAGGGGCAUUGA